AACCAGCGAGCGGAACUUCGCAGACCAGGUACUUUUCGGAGAUCGCGCAACACAGCGGUGAUAUAACAUAGGAAACUUUAUGUUUUCUUUGGCUGAAAAUUAUUCAGUGUGAGUUUUUGCUGUGCUGAUAUAUUUUUAUGGAGAGAUAUUCCAUAUUAAGCAUGAUGGAGUUGACGAAGGUGUUAUAAUAUUCAGUGGGUACUCAGGCAGAAUUUGAGUGGAGCACAAGCUCAAAUAGUCAUAUCGUCGUUAACGGCACUGAGAGCGGUGCUGGUGCGUGUACACUGGAAGUUUUACCUGUCAAUACGGGACAUUUCACGUCAGCCACGGCUGAUAUGUGAGACACAGCCCCUGCCUUGGGACUCUCAUAUCCCACUACCGGAUUAUCUACCGGAUUAUCUUGGGAUAACAUUUUCCACCAGAUAUUCAAACUGCAAGAUGCUGUCGCGGUGGACUGCUGGCCUGGUGGCCCUGUUAGUGCUGGUGGGACUCUGUAGUGCUCAAGUCUGUGUGAACAAUGGGCCCCUGGGGAUGAUCACGGGGAAGAUCCAGGACUGGCAGAUUACGGCCUCGUCUACCUACCCCCAGGAAUGGGACAAGCACUGUCACGAGAAGUAUGCCCGGAUCUACCUUCCUAACAAGCUGGGCUGGUGCGCCAAAUACAAAUCCAGCUCGGAAUGGUUGCAGGUCGACCUGGGAGUGGCUGCUAAGGUGACCGGCCUGAUGACACAGGGUCGAGGUGACGGGGUGGAGUGGGUAACCGCCUUCAUGGCAUCCUACAGCAUGGACGCCUUCAACUGGCAAUACGUUACAGACCAGUACGGUAACCAGCGGGUAUUUGAGGGAAAUGUGGACUCGUAUGGUGUGAAACAUUCCUACCUUGAUAGCCCAAUCAUCGCCCGUUUUAUCAAGUUUCACACCGUCCACUGGCACAGACAUCCCAGUAUGAGGGUGGAGGUCUUCGGGUGUCAGUUGUGCAAGGAACCCAUUGGCCUACCGCCGUAUGGCAAGAUGACAGCCUCGUCGUUUUCAUCCCGGAAACGAAAGCGAUCCUGUCAACCGGAAGAUGGCAACAUUCUUAGCAACAAGGCUUGGUGUUCCAAGAAACAAGAUGAAAAUCAAUGGAUACAAGUUGAUGUUGGUCCACCAACACUGAUAACUGGCAUCCUGACCAAGGGAAGAGAGGACACCCGGCGUAAACACUGGGUCACGCGAUUCAAGGUCUCCUACAGUAACGACACCCGAGUAUGGUAUUUCUACAAAGACGCCAAUCAUCUGGACGCGAAGAAUCAUUGGUUGUGGACAUCACCGCCUAACACUUCUACCCAUCAGUUUAUACCUGAUAUCCACACCGAGGACCUCAUGGAAUUCGGUGGCAAUAUGGACAAGCACAUGGAAAGGGUUCACUAUUUGAAUUCCCCUUUCGUGGCCCGUUAUGUUCGGUUCCAUCCAAUCGAGUGGCACCAGAAGAUAAGCAUGCGUGUUGGUCUUCUCGGCUGCCCUUACACAGGUCACUGCGGCUCGGGUUUUAUGCGGGUGAACGACGACACACCUUGUAUUGAAAACUUGGCGUUUAAAAAAGAGAGCUGGAUUAACAGCCGGCGCCAUUACAAACGUCACAUCCGGAAUAGAAUCGUCCACGGGCAUGCUUCAAGGGCCGUUGAUGGCGACUUCAACCGUAACCUAAACAGCUGCACGAUUCUGGAUAACUUGUAUGGAGACAACCCGGUGUGGAUGGUAGACUUGGGCAGGAAGGCUAAAAUCGCCGGGGUGAUGAUUCACACCUGGCAGGGCAGCGGACAAGAGGAUGUCACUAAGUACAAGAACUAUCAGUCGAACCUCGACAAACUGGUUGUAUAUGUUGACGAUAAGUUGAAGGAUGAAGACGAUUCCUAUGCUUCUGGGAACAUGUGCGGCUACGUGUCUCGACUAAAUAACGCACUUUUCCUACCCAGGUUACACAUCAGUUGUAUCAGACCGAUGGAAGGUCGCUAUGUGCUGGUGGAAGCCUGGGGCGUGCCUAAUAGCUGGAGCAGACUUUUCAGCGCUGUAUUAUGUGAAGUUCAAAUUUACGAAUAGUCGGCUGACAAGAAUUAAUGCAGAUCCGGCCACGGCUGACGGACUGUCUUCUACAGAUACGACCUUGGACGGUCUGCUUCUCUUUGUCAGUGUUUAGCGUUUAUGGCACAGUGUGAUUCCAGAAAAGUGGUAAACAAUGGACCAUGGGUACAAUGGACCCAGACUGCAUCACUGCCGCUCCUCAGGUGACGUCACUUCCGUUGAAUUGUUGUGCUCUGGCGUCAAUCUCAGGCAGCUGAACUUUUAUUCUGGGUGGACGUCAUCAUUAGACUGUUGGACAAGUGUUUCUCACCAUGAGAUCAUCGUCGGUUGAUAUUUUCGUUAAUAUGUGCUGCUUAACGUGACAAUGGCCAAAGUGCUAUCACCAGGUAGAUGUACCUUCUGCUUCACACAGACUGCAUAGGGUUGGCGAUGUAUGUGCACAGACUUGAUACAGAUCGCUGCUCUCCGUACGAGAUUAUAUGUCUGCUUUGAUUGUCAUAUUAUGUGUUGGUUGACGUAGGCGGGCCUUAUGCCGAUUGGUGAAGACUAGCAUCCUAUAACGACUGGCACUUAAGCUCUGUCUUAAAAUGACGUCAUACGGGAAGCACUAUUAUAGGUCAGCCAAUCUAUUCAAAUGGGUUGCGGCCAUUGACGCCGCAGAAGAUGAUGAUGGUGUGGAAGUGAAAUCACAAACUAUGGUGUCUCAUACAGCGCCUUACAAGUGGGAAAAUUCUCAUGCUUUGACAACACUGUAAAUCUGUAGUUCUCUGGACAGAUAAUGGUGAGGGCCGCUCCACGGAAGGUCAAAACUCACCGGUACUACAAUGUUAUUAUUGUAUUACUCCAAACAGAUAUUCGACAUUCAGCAAUCCUAGAGACUUGCUUAAGGAUGUGUACCGGAAGAUUACUACUUCACACGACCUUUAAUCCAGUCACUUCUUACUACAACAGCUGAGCAGUCGGGUGUGCUGUACAUUUAGCUGUACAAUAAGGCCAUUGUUAAUUUAACAGUGGUUGUGGACUAAGCCACGUCACUGAUUCAAAGACAAGGUUGUUAUUUCUGUUUAUCAGACAACUUAAACACAUUUGAUUGACUUCUGCUUUGAACUCCCAGUAGUCCCAGCUCUCAAACACUAUCAAAGUUUCUGUUUAAAAGUGUUGAAAUUUGAUUGUACUUUGGCUGAAUUAUUUUGAAAAACUGGAAAAUAACAUGAUUGUUAGUUUAGGACAGCAUUCUCCUCAGACAUCAAUUGAUCUUUAGGUAUCACCCAGAACUCCCAAAUCCUAACUCGUUGACCACCAUCCACAAGUCUCUACUCUAAAUUUUAACGCAGAUGAUGCCCUCUAGCUCCUGGUAUAUGUUAUAUGUGUGACCGUUAAGUUUACACCAACGUUGACCAUAGGAACUUGUUUUCGUAACAUGUUAACACGCUGUUUGAAUAUGCAUGUAUAUGUAUGUAUUAAACAAUUGUUGGUGUAUUCUCUUAAAAAUAGAACGUUAUGAUUAAAAUUUGUGAAUUGCUGAAGUGCACGCGGUAUUCAGAAGGCCUUAUCGUCAGUACUUACUGAAACAAGUUUAUCUCGUCUUCCAUAUAUCUCCACCCUAACACCCUCUCCCUAUAUGUGGAUUGCUUCAUCCAAACUGUUAGAAUAUAUCCUUAACCGUGACUUUUAUCUCUCAUGCCUCCAAUGUUCAUCAAACACCUGGAAUAGUAGAUUUGUCGACUUGUGCAUAAGAAUAUAAAGUACCGUAGAGAAAACUGUUAUAUUGUGUGUUCCCUGUUUAUAUACGCCGAGAUCCAAUAUCUUGUGAGUGCAUAAUAAACGCUGGGCGUUGUUGUUGUUGUUGUUUCAUGUUUACAAUGGCGGAGAAAAUUAAGCCGCGCUGUCUCUCUCGGUCACGUGAUGAAAUAGUAGAUUUUAUACACUUUGUUACUAUUCUACAUUCGUGAUAUAGUAUAUAGUUUUUAUACACAUUUGUAUUCAAUGGAAAUCAUGAACUUUGAUAUCAGAGGUGUGAAAUAGGGCCUGUUUUUGUAAAGAGUUUUAUGUCUCUUGUCACUCGUUGUUUGGUAUUUACCGUCUCGUUGACCUUCUUCUUCAGCUGGUCUCUUUAUAGGCUGACGUAUAGGGACUAAGGUCUGUCUUCUCAACUUAUGACACUUUUAAUGACUUGUCUCAGGGCAGGGAAUGUUCAAAGGUGCGGGUAAAUUUAUACCAUUUGUCAUGGAUUGUGUAAGUGACUGGCUUUUCUUCACUGCCUUUCAGGCCAGUCGGGACGUUUUUGGGUAAUAAUUGUGUGACAUGCGUUAAUCAGUGUACACGCUCCGUCCAUGCCGGCAGGUCUUCCCUACCACUUAGCGGGCAUGAGCGGGAAUACAGACGUGAGUAAUAUCGCUUAACGGCUGUUCAUCUCCCACCUGUGUGAGACUGUUAUAUACAAGGUGUCACUUUUACACCUCUUGUAUGUACUCUUCCCUCAGUCCGCUAAACUCUAUAGACAUCUCACACAGAUGAUGUACAUAAUGGAAUACUUACAUAAAAGAAAAGUGUGGAAGAGUGAUCUAUGUAUAGAAAAAGUUAUCACGAUAUGUGGUGGUGAUAACAUUAUCACCAUAUUUAGCGACAAUGUAUUAUCACUGUUAAUAAUGAUGAUGAUAAUGCCAUCACUGAAUGCUGAACAUAAUUCCGCAUUCCCCGCGGUUAUGGUAAUUGCCAUUACAUUCUGUGAUGAUGUUGUGUCAUUAUUGUCUAUUGCAAUGAAGAAAUAUGCCAUCUCUGUACAUGCUGAGGAUGAUAUGACGUGUCUGUAUUUCCUUAGUGAUUGUCGUCUUCGAUGUUAUGGCACUGUUCAUCAUAAUGUCAUCAAUGUCAGUGCUGAUUUGUGUUGUCCAUGGUGGUAACGAUGUUAGUACGGUGAAAAUAAUUCCACGACUAUCGUCCGUGUUAAAACACCAUGUUCAAAUACGGUGUUAACGAUGUUGAUAACAAGUAUAGUGGCCAUCAAAGAAGACAAUAGUGUCAUCGGCCACUGAUAACAUUGUCGUUGGCGGUAGUAUAAGUGUCAUGAGCCGUGAUAAUAUUGUUAUCAAUGAUAAUAACAUUGUCACCAGCAGUGCAAACAGUGGCAUAAGCGGUGACAUUAGUGGCAUAAGCGGUGAUAUUAGUGAGUCUAAUACCAUCCUCAUUGUGUACAGUGCUGGCUUAAUCCUCACAGCUGAGUAUAUGAUGUAUUUAUUUAUGGACAUAACAGUGGUUGGUGCGGAACGUUCUGCAUCCAUCAAUCAUGUAUAGUUUACCUCAAAUAAAUUAUGACACUCAAUC